AUGGCAGCUGAGUCACUGCCUUUCUCCUUCGGGACACUGUCCAGCUGGGAGCUGGAAGCCUGGUACGAGGACCUGCAGGAAGUGCUCUCCUCAGAUGAAAAUGGGGGCACCUAUGUGUCACCCCCAGGAAAUGAGGGAGAAACAAAAACCUUCACCACUCUGGACCCUGCUUCUCUGGCUUGGCUGACUGAGGAGCCAGGACCAGCAGAAGCCACAAGCACCUCCCAGAGUCCUCAAUCUACUGAUUCCAGUCAGAGCUCCUUGGCUCAGGAGGAGGAAGAGGAAGAUCAAGAGAAACCCAGGAAAAGGAAGCAGAGUGGCCAGUCCCCAGCCCGGGCUGGAAAGCAGCGCAUGAAGGAAAGAGAACAGGAGAAUGAGCGGAAAGUGGCACAGCUAGCUGAAGAGAACGAACGGCUCAAAUUGGAAAUCGACCGUCUGACCAGGGAAGUGGAGGCGACUCGCCGAGCUCUGAUCGACCGAAUGGUGAAUCUGCACCAAACAUGAACAAUUAGGACCAUCACUUCCCCGCACGCCACUGCUAGCCACCUUCUCCAGAAGUGGCGAACGACCAUCUCCUCACCGAUUAUGUGCCAAUUAUGUGACCCAAAACCCCAUAAAUUCAGUAGGGGGGAGACAUGAGCUAGACAAAAAGGGGGGUCUCAGCAUGUAUAUAGAGAUUGUAGAUUUAUUACUGUUCAUAUCCAUUAAAGUGACUUUCUAUCAA